AUUUCAUAACGCGGAAGUAAGGUCAACGGCAUCAGCAGAAUUGAACAUGUGUGAAUAUGUGGAUCACCUACAGCGCUCUCAUCUUCGCUCUAACAAGAGCAUCAGCCUUCACAGCUGCAUAUGGGCCUGAUGUUUGCCAAAGCACACAGUCUGAAUGCCUCACUCCUGACGAAGCAGCAUCAGACAGCGGGUCAUCACAGCACACCGCCAAGCUCAGGUGGACCGCAAACACUUCAGAGCUUGCUCACCUGAAUCAGUUCAGCGUGUCCUGCAAGACACUUCUAGAGACAUUCCCAGUAGAUGAGAUUGAUGGCAACUUUGUUCGCACUGUGAAGAGGUGCAUAUUUUCCAGAUCCAUUCCAACACCGCUGAAAGGCCCUUUGAGACUGGCUGCAGUUUCCAAGGAUGUCAUUGAAGGAAUCCUAGAUUUGAACUUCGAUGUGACACAGUCCGAUGACUUCCUGCAUUUAGCAAGUGGGGGAAGACUGCUGACGGGAUCCGUCCCACUGGCUCACAGAUAUGGAGGUCAUCAGUUUGGCUACUGGGCAGGCCAGCUGGGUGAUGGCCGAGCACAUCUCUUGGGUCGGUACUCAAACAGGAGAGGUGAAACUUGGGAACUGCAGCUUAAAGGCUCUGGAAAAACUCCAUAUUCAAGGUCAGGAGAUGGUCGAGCUGUGAUCCGCUCCUCUGUCAGGGAGUUCCUGUGCAGCGAGGCCAUGCACUCUCUGGGUGUUCCCACCAGCCGAGCUGCCAGUCUGAUUGUUAGUGAGGAGCCGGUGAUGAGGGAUCAAUUCUACAAUGGAAAUGUCAAGAAAGAAAGAGGAGCUGUUGUUCUCCGACUGGCCAAGUCCUGGUUUCGGAUCGGAUCGUUGGAAAUUCUGGCUGAAAGUGGAGAAACAGAUCUUCUGAGAAAGCUGCUGAACUUUGUAAUUGACGAGCAUUUCCCUCUUAUAAGUUCUGAUGACCCAGAGAAAUAUCUGGUGUUUUUUUCCACAGUUGUGACUGAAACUGCAGGCCUGAUUGCUCAGUGGAUGUCAGUGGGCUUUGCUCACGGUGUUUGUAACACAGACAACUUCAGUCUUCUCUCCAUCACCGUCGACUACGGACCGUUUGGAUUCAUGGAGUCGUACGAUCCCGAUUUCAUUCCCAACUCGUCCGACGACGAGGGCCGAUACCGUAUCGGAGCUCAGGCGGACGUCGGACUGUUUAACCUGCAGAAGCUCUUGGAGGCUGUGAGGCCUGUGCUGACUCACACUCAGCAGGAACAAGCUACAGUGAUUUUACAUGGAUACGCUGAUGUUUACCAGAAGAGGAUUCACCAAAUAUUCCGAUCAAAGCUGGGUCUUCUUGGUGAAGAGGAGGAGGAGGAGGAGGAUCGCUACCUCGUUGCUUUUCUGCUGAAGAUGAUGGAGGACACACACUCAGACUUCACCAUGACCUUCAGGCAACUCAGUGAAGCUUCAGCCGAGCAGCUCCGCAGCAGGAACUUCACACAGCUGUGGGCUCUGGACGACCUGUCGUCUCAUCAGUUCUUCUCUGAGUGGCUCCACAUGUACCUGCUCCGGCUCAGCCGACAAAUUAACGACAGUGAUUUGGAUCGUCAGCUCAGGAUGAAAAGUGUGAACCCUCGCUACGUGCUGAGGAACUGGAUGGCCGAAUCUGCUAUAAGAAAAGCUGAAGCCAAUGACUUCUCAGAGGUGGAGCUGCUGCACCACAUCCUGUCUUCCCCUUUCGUUACACAAGAGACUGCAGAGGAGGCGGGCUAUGCAGCAAGACCGCCACUGUGGGCGCAGAGGUUAAAGGUCAGCUGUUCUUCAUGAGUGACAGAUACUGAAACAAAUAAACAUUUAA